AUGUCGUCGUUGAGCCAGCGUCUGCAGAAACUACAGGUGAAAGUGGCAGAACCUCUGCCGGAUGUGUCUCGAUACUCCAUGCAGGAGCUCGACCAAAUGAAGAUCGAGUUCGGGACCAAGCAUCUGGGCCAUUCGUUUCAAGAAGUUUGGAACGACGACCAACAGUGGAUUUCGUGGUUCGUGAAGCACUAUCAGAACAGCACCAAAGGUGUUCAUCGGUUGUUGAUCCAGUACAUCGAGUUGAAGGUCGAACGUGCAGAACUGGAAGGGGAAGAGAUCACAGUGCAGGAGUCAGCACCACAGCUCCACCAGAAGAUGCCUAUCGAGGAGAGUGGGAAAUUGUCCCAGAAGUUGACGGCCAAGGCCAAGGCUCGACCAGAAAUGCCCAUGGCCUCAGAGAGCCUAACCGAUUGGGACAUCGACUUCACCACCCAGGAGUUGAUCGAGGCUCAACCCGACUUCCACCAUCUGGAAGGACGGAUGCUCCAGCUGGAGACCGCCGUUCAGAACAUCCUGGGCCACCUCGAGCAGAUGGCGAUUCAUCAAGGUCAUGUGAGAGCUGCGUCUUCGGAAGUGACCGCAGACAUGCUUGUGAAACGUCGGAAGUUGAAUGGCAAACAGGCCAGUCUCAAUGCAUUGGAAGCUUGGAACAAGGUCUUUGACAAGGAUCAGCCUGAUAGCAGUGUUCCUGAGCCUGAAGCACCACAGGGAAUGUCCCAGAGAAACGACAUAGACAGCCGUCUAGAACAAGACCAUGAGGAACAACAAGUCCCCGAAGAUCCCAAAGAUGUUCCAGACGUGGCGUCCUUUGGCAUUUGCAUUUGGAUUUCCGCUGCCACUGUCUGUGGCCUGUUCGGCUGUUUGGGGAAAACAGCGCGCUGUGCCUUGGAGGAGGCUGGUUUGGAGAGAGGACUACCAGUGUGA